AUGGACAUCCAGAGGACCGGCUCGUUGGUGCGUCCACCCAGCCCCAUGGAGAGCCUGGAGAAGCAGCUGAGCUGCCCUAUCUGCCUGGAGAUGUUCACUAAGCCCGUGGUCAUCCUGCCCUGCCAGCACAACCUGUGCCGUGGCUGUGCCAGCGACCUCUACGACUCACGCAACCCCUACCGCUUCUCGGGCGGCGUCUUCCGCUGCCCCACCUGCCGCUUCGAGGUGGUCCUGGACCGCCACGGCGUGCACGGACUUCAGCGCAACCUGCUAGUGGAGAACAUAAUCGACAUCUACAAGCAACAGCAGGAGGAUGGCGGGUGUAGUGGCAUUGGAGGCAGCACAGAGACUCCACUGAAGCCCAAGGACUCCAAGGAACCCAUGUGCCAGGAGCACGAGGAGGAGAAGAUCAACAUCUACUGCGUGACCUGCCAGAUGCCCACUUGCUCCAUGUGCAAGGUGUUUGGCCAGCACAAGGACUGUGAGGUGUCGCCACUGGCCAGUGUCUACCAGGUGCAGAAGGGCGAGCUGAGCAACGCUAUCGACACCCUGGUGGCGGGCAACGGGCGCCUUCAGGCCCUGCUCAACCAGAUGGAGGAUGCCUGCCAGGCGGUGCAGGACAACGCACAGCGAGCCAAGCAAAGCCUAGGUGAGCGCUUUGACCUGCUCUACGCAGUGCUGGAGGAGCGCAAAGGCCUGCUGCUGGAACAGAUCGGCAAGGAGCAGGACGAGAAGGUGACUGCGUUGCGGGCGCUGGCCCAGCGCUACGGCGAGCGACUGCAGGCGGGAUCAGAGCUGACGGACACAGCGGUACGGGCCCUGGAGCAGAGCGGUGCUGCAGAGUUCCUGCUGGCCUCCAAGGGCCUUAUCACACAGACCAAGGACACCGCCAAGAGCUCCCUGGGCGAGGAGAGGCCCGAGCCAGGCUUCGAGAAGAUGGACCAUUUCACGCUUUCCACAGAGCACGUGGAGGCCAUCCUGGCCAAGAUGGACUUUGGAAUGGUCGAAGACGAUGCGUUUGAGGAUGCCGAAGGGGACAAAGAAGAGGAGGAGGAGUGA